UUCUUUUUUCUUGUUGCCUGAGUGUGUGACUGAAAAAAAACAUCAUGAUCAGAACUUCUUUUUACAUUUCCUAUGGCACAAUUGAGGAGAACUUGUUUAAAGCCCUUAUAGGCCCACCUACCUGAAAACAGAAAAAUACAUCCAAUUGUAAGCCCCCGUGGCUGGAUAUAAGCCCCCAUUCAAAUACAUUCAUUAAUGUAGGUUUAAUGUCGCUUUCUCUUCAGUCUGAGGAAUUCAAAUUCAACAGGCCUCAAUUUCUUCAAAAAGUAAAGGAGUGGACUCAGAAAUAUGCAACGGGCUAUAAGAUAUCUGCAGCUGCAUCAGUGAAGGUAGUAAAUGACAGCUGUAGUUUAGCAACUUGUGUUAUUAACAGAAUUUGUUUACAUUUGGAAUGCUAUCAAACAUUGCCGUUACCUCUUAAAUGAAAUGAUUAAAAUAACUAUGUUACAUACAGAAACUCUUUGGUUAAAUAACAGCUAUGUAACAGACUAUGUUUAUUCAAAAAGGGGUAUCUAUUAGACCAUUAUUAUUUUGCAGUUUGUUCCCUGGAUGGAAUCUGCUGAAGUUGAAGGAAUGCCUAGCCUGCGAAAACAUCCGUUUCUCCUCACUCUUCGUCGAUGGGGACGUUUCGCAAAACGUCCCCGGCGGCAAAGAGCGAAGAGAAACGGAUGUUUUCGCAGGCUAAGGGAUGCCUAAGGGAUAACUAAUGUCUUUCUAUACUGUGAUCAGGCUACAGGAUUCAAAAAAAUUAUAUAUUCCAGCUUGUCCUCUGGGAAAGCCAUUCUCCAUUUUGCUUUCCCAGGGCCACUUCCUGCUCAUCUUAGUUAAAGAUUUUGUUUGAGGAUAAAUUGCCUGGACUCUUGCCCAUUGGUCAAGUAAGCUAUAAAACUUACUUGCCCAGCAAGAAAACCUGCUUGUCUGGGACUACCAGAUGGGACUUUUUUCGAGUCCUGAGGCUAUAGAGGAUCUCUUAGAGACAGCAAGACAACGCCCAUUGUUAGAAACUGUAAGCAACAAACUCUCUUUGAAUAAGAAGAUAAUCAGAUUUUUCCCUGGCAGAGACCCCUGUGGUUUGACGUUUCGGUCUCAUAAGCGACUUCCUUCCUUAGGGGAUCAGUAUUGGCAUUUUGGUUGGUGGCUUAUGCAAAGUUAAACUGUAAAGUAAGUUGUUUUUUUUUUUCUCUAUGUAGGGCUCUUUAGUUGGCCAAAGAGGUAAUGAAGAGAGCAGCAGUGAUUCAGAGGAGGACAGUAGUGACGAGGAAAAUGCUGAAAAUAAUCCCCGUGUUUGCCGCACCCAGGGUACCAAGAGAGGCUCUUCUGCACGCCUCCCUAGUGAAUGCAAAGUUCUGAAACAAGCUAAUGCAUAA